UGUCGCCUAGAAAUGUAGUCUCCUAAAAAAAUACACAAACCACGUUCUUCCGCUGUUUCGUGUUUUUAUUCUGGAAAUGAACGUAACGACAACGAGGGCAGUUAGUUAAGAUAACCUUUGUUUCAAUAUAGCCUGGUUGUGCUUAAUUCGUCACGUUGGUGACUAAACUGAGCUCGCUAGGUAAGCCGACCAGCUAAUGUUGUUUUACCGGUAGUCACAUGGAUUGACUUGAACUUCUGUCGACUUUGCAUUGCAAGACUUCAACAAGAAACACGUUUUAUUGGAAAAAUGAGUGGAGUUGAAUUUGAGAAAUCUGGCUGGACCACUGAAAACCUGCAGAAGCUUUUGGCUGCAAUCGAAAUCAACACUCCUAAACGUUACAGAACGUGCGCUUAUACUAAAGGACUGAAAACUGUGGACUGGAAUAAGGUGGCUUUCCCUCCUUUCUCUCCUGAAGCUUGCCAAGAAAAGUGGGGAGAGAUUUUGCACAAGAUGCGCAAGUUUCGGUCCAUCACAGAGCUCAUUGUUGAAGCUCAAGAUUUCUUUUCAAAUCCUGCAUUGAUCAGUAAGCUCCAUCCAGAUUUCCCAAAGAGACCCACUCCUUCGAAUGCCAAGUUUUAUGAAGAUAACUGUGCUAAGUUUCAAGAGCAGCACCCAGAGAUGAGCCACAAAAAGGUAGUGGAGGUCCUGUACAAGAAAUACAAUGUACUCCCGAGGAAAGAGAAGGCUCAGUAUGUGAAGAAACGCCUGCUUGCAAUGGAAGAAUAUAAGGCAAGGGUGCUGGAAUUCAGGAAACAAUACAAAUGUCCAGAUGAUACGGACGCAGACAUCCCAGAUACUUUCGAUAAGAAGGAGAAUUGCAUCGAAAGACCUAAAGGCCAUAAAGAGCGCAAGGGUGAAAAGCAUACUGAAGGUGCAGAGGGUCUGCCUGCCAAGCCUCCUAUAAAUGGCUAUAAUAUAUUCUGCAAAGAGCAAAUAGCAUCCAUGUCGGGUAUCGCCAAAAAAGACUAUGUGAGUGUUUGGGCCAAACGCUGGCGAGAUUUGACUGAGAAACAGAGGGAGGAGUACAGUGUACGCUGCAGAACGUUGAAAAGAAAGUACACGACUGAGCUGGAUGAAUAUCUAAAGACUUUGGAUAAGGAGGAGCAGCAGCGGAUCCUGAAGGAGAAUGGCAUCAAAAUACCUAAACAGCGCAAGGGUGAACAGCAUACCGAAGGUGCGGAGGGUCUGCCUGCCAAGCCUCCUACAAAUGGCUAUAAUAUAUUCUGCAAAGAGCAAAUAGCAUCCAUGUCGGGUAUCGCCACAAAAGACUAUGUGAGUGUUUGGGCCAAACGCUGGCGAGAUUUGACUGAGGGACAGAGGGAGGAGUACAGUGUACGCUGCAGAACGUUGAAAAGAAAGUAUGCGACUGAGCUGAAUGAAUAUCUAAAGACUUUGGAUAAGGAGGAGCAGCAGCGGAUCCUGAAGGAGAAUGGCAUCAAAAUACCUAAACAGCGCAAGGGGAUUAAUAGAAAAGUGAGGCAUGUAAUACAACUUCCUGGUGAGCCCAAGAUGCCAUCUCGAUCUGGUAAUGUAAUCUUCUGCAAAAAGCAGAUGGAACUUCUGCAGGAGGAAUUCCCAAAUGCAAAGGAGCGCUUCUUAAAGGUCAACCAAAGUUGGCAGAAGCUCUCUUUAAAGGAGAAGGAACGGUAUAAAAAGAAAGCACAAGAAAACUUCAGAAAAUACUUGAUGGAGCUGCAGAAGUGGUUUAAGGCGUUGACAGCAGCAGAGCAGAGGGAUUUUCAAAAACAUAACCCCAGUAAAUGUCAGUACCUCAAAGUCAAACAAAUUGAAGUUGAGGUCGGUGAAGAACCAUGCUUGAACAUACCAUCGGAUUCAGAAGAUGAAGACAUUGAGGACAGCAGCAGUGAUGAAGAAGUGGUCAAUCUGGACUGGGAUGAGGAUGAGGAGGAGGAAGAAGAAGAAAAAGAAGAAGAAGAUGAUAUCAUUUUUGAGAUGUAUUAGAUUGUGAUGAGAUGGACAGCAGAGGUCUCACACACAGCAUGUUCAGAGCUGGAUUCUGGAUUUGAGAAGAUGGACAAGUGCUUCAGUGGCUGAGUGCCAAAAUAACCAAAACUGUUUCACAUGUCCAUUGCUCAGAGUAAGAACUUAAUGGAGAAAUAGAUUUGGGACUUUAAGUGAGUCCUGCUUUACAACCUAAUCUUGUGGCCUUGUCACGAAAAUAGGAUCCAUGCAAUAAUACUGUUUGAAGACCAUUAUUUCAUCUGUUGUGUUUCCAUGGUCUGAAGUCCCAAAUCAAUUUGUUCACUUUACCAAAAAGCAAAUGUGGGUCUUUUUUAAUAUUCUGUCAUAGGGAAUAAUGUUGAACAUGUACAGAGUGGGGAAAAAAAGUGGGUGUAGAAAAGCCCCCGAGCAGAUUCUUCUGGCCCUUACCACAACAUAAUGCAUCUGAUGUUGUCUAUAGCCAGACUAUACAUCCUUAUGAACAAAGGAGACAACAAACUCAGCUGAUUUUGUACUUCUGCUGUUAAGUAAUGAAUAUAUGUAUACAUAAAGUUGUUAUAAAGAGAAAGCUCCAUGGCCAGAAGCCAUUCGGAUUGUGUUUUCCAUUAGUUGGUUGGGGAUUGGUUUUAAUUAAGUGGAAGAACAAAAGAAUUUAUCUCAGCAUUGUUUUUUUAAUGUUACGAAGGCUUUCUAAUUAUGCUGUUUGUAGACCCCACAAAUAAAAGAUGUUUAUAAUAAAAGUGCUGCAUAAAGAUGGAA